UAGCUCCAAGUCAAACCACUCAACCACCACCCAACUCCCUCACACAGAUCUCGCCACUUUAUCAUCAUGGAGAGCUUCGACAACAUCUACCUCGACCUCUCGAAAGAUUCGGGAAAAUGCAGAUUUGCUGAGAAUGGCUUUGGCUGGAAGCCUUCGGGCGGUGGCGACACCUUCACGCUUGAUCGCUCAAACAUCGGUGGAGCACAGUGGAGCAAAGCAUCCAAAGGGUUCGAAGUGAAGAUUCUACAGCGCAAUUCCGGCGUUGUACAGAUGGAUGGCUUCCAACAAGAUGACUUCGACCGGCUGACAAAAGUAUUCAAGAACUGGUACAGCACGAACCUCGAGACGAAGGAACACGCAUUACGAGGAUGGAACUGGGGCAAGGCGGAAUUCGGAAAGGCGGAGCUGGCAUUCAACGUGCAGAACAGACCCGCGUUUGAGAUCCCCUACUCGGAGAUCUCGAAUACGAAUUUGGCGGGGAAGAACGAGGUGGCGGUUGAGUUCUCGUUGCCGGCGGGUGGCGACGAGGGCGCAAACGGAAGCUUGGGCGGUGCGAAGGGGAAGGGGAAGAAGGCUGGCGCGGGGAAGGAUCAGUUGGUUGAGAUGCGCUUCUAUAUUCCUGGCACGACGACUAAGAAGGAGACGAUGGAGGACGGAGAGGCGCCGAGUGAUGCGGAGGAUGAGGAGGAGCAGAAUGCGGCGAACCUCUUCUAUGAUACCCUGAUGGAGAAGGCGGAGAUUGGAGAGGUUGCUGGCGACACAUAUGCGACAUUCUUGGAUGUGCUGCACUUGACGCCAAGAGGCCGUUUCGAUAUCGACAUGUACGAAUCUUCCUUCCGCCUGCGCGGUAAGACAUACGAUUACAAGAUCCAAUACGAGGCUAUCAAGAAGUUCAUGAUCCUCCCCAAGCCCGACGAACUGCACUUCAUGAUCUGCAUCGGUCUCGACCCACCCCUGCGCCAAGGCCAAACCCGCUACCCCUUCCUGGUGAUGCAAUUCAAGAAGGACGAAGAAGUGACAAUCGACCUCAACAUGACCGAGGAGCUUCUCAAAGAGAAAUAUGAAAACAAACUCGCCCCCCACUACGAGCAACCCCUCCACCAAGUCGUCACCCAAGUCUUCCGCGGCCUAACCGGCAAAAAGGUCAACCAACCCGCCAAAGACUUCCUCAGCCACCACCAACAAUACGGCAUCAAGUGCUCCAUCAAAGCCGCAGAGGGCUUCCUCUACUGCCUCGAGAAGGCCUUCAUGUUCGUCCCCAAGCCCGCCACCUACAUCGCCUACGACUCGGUCAGCUCGAUCACGCUCUCGCGCGUCGGCGGCGCCAUCUCCGCCAGCCGCACCUUCGACAUCGCCAUCCACCUCAAGAACGGCGCGGGCGACAGCCAGUUCAGCAACAUCAACCGCGAAGAGCAGAAGCCGCUCGAGGAGUUCUUCAAGGUCAAGGGGCUGAGGGUUAAGAAUGAGAUGGAUGAGGAUACGUCGAUUCUUGCUGCUGCGCUGGGGGCCGAGGAUCUCGCGAGCAGCGAUGAGGAUGUGGUGGCUGCGCGGGCGGAUCGUGGGAGUGCGGAGGAGGAUGAGGAGAGUGCGGAUGAGGACUUUAGGACGGAUAGUGAGAGUGAUGUUGCGGAGGAGUAUGAUGAGGAGCAUGAGAGUAGUGGGAGUGGGAGUGAGGCGGGUAGUGAUGCGGAGGAGGAACGGCCGGCGAAGAAGAGUAAGCACUGAGUGGGGGGG